UUGAUGCCAAGAUCUGCAUUAUAUCACAUUAGCUUGAAGUAGUUCAGAAAAACAUAAAGAUUAUAAUGGCCGGAUUCAAUUUGCAGAGUGCUAGAGAGCUUCAGCAUUUCAGCCAUCCUCAUAUCUUGAAGCUGAGCACCUGGAAUGGAGGAGCACCAGGUGACCAACUGAACUGUAAAGGAUGCAUCAAACCCAUUGCGAAUGGAUUGAUCUAUAGUUGUAAGCCCUGCAAUUUUUAUCUUCACUUAAGCUGUGCACAAAUCCCACAGCAAAUCAACCAUCCUGCUGACAAUCAUGUUCUCAAUUUGCUUUCUAGUCCAUGGGCUUAUUCUGAAGGUCCCUGUUUAUGUGAUGCAUGUGGGCAAGAAAUGAAGCAAGGAUUUUCCUUUCAUUGCAGUCUCUGCCGAUUAGAUCUGCAUCCUUCAUGUGCAAAUCUGCCCAUGAAGUUUAAUCACCCACAUCAUCCUGAACACACAUUGGCUCUCUGUUUCGUUCCUCCCUAUCCAGACAAAUCUUUUAUCUGCGAUGUGUGCAAACAAUUUGGCCGAGGGUUAUGGCAUUAUCAUUGUUCUGAGUGUCAGUACGAUUCACAUGUGACCUGCACCCAAAUAACUUCUCUAAGAGAGCGUGUGAUUAAUGAGUUUCUUGAGAAUUAUAUGAGAGAAAUAAGCCAAAGAGGACUAAUGGGUGGUCAUAUGCCCAUGGGGAAUCCUCAUUAUAUGGGGAGAAGUUACAGUUAUCCUCUCAGAUAUUCGGGAUUUCCUCAGCCAUCUAUGUUUAACAAUACAUCGUCCUUUCAUGUGCAGCAGCAGCAACGUCCACCAUUUCCAUCUGCAUAUGGUAAUGGGAAUCACAGUACUUUUGGAAGGUCGGGAAUGGAAAACAUGGUGCAGAAUAUAAUGCAGGGAGGCACUUCAAACAAUUUUGAUUUUGUGAAUAUGAUCAAUCCAGGAGGAGGUAAUGGUGGUGGUAGAUCGGAGGACAUGUCUAGUAUUUUGAAUAUGAUCAGUCAAGGAGGAGGAGGUAAUGGUCUGGAUAUAUUUGGGAAUCUGAAUGGUUUGGGAGGAGGUAAUGAUGGUGGUCUGGAUAUUUUGAGGAAUCUGAGUGGUUUGGGAGAUUUUUCAAGUGUUAUUGGAUCUAUGUUUGGCUUCGGAUUCUUUUGAAUUCGUUGCUAGCAGAUGCACAUGCCUUUGAAAUGGAUAUGCUUAAGCUUGAUGUCCUCCUUCCAAUGGACUGUGUGUACUAAUGUAUGAAAUUUGUCUCUGAGAUGCAAUAAAAUGAAUAAAUGCUUUCU